GUAAUAAAAUCAUGUUUUCUCUCGUUCGCAUGACGAGUUCUUAUGCAAUGAACUCUUGACUUGCUCUGCUAAUCCUAGAGGAUGAAGAGGAGGAGGCGGCUAUUCUUCUCAAACAGGAUGACAACUCAAUGGCGAUAGCGACUCCGGCAUUCACCUUGGUCGACCAACUAUUGACAGAUAGGUCCAUCAAUUUUGGUGCUCUGCACAAUACUCUUUCUGUUGUUUGGAGACCUGGGCGAGGCGUUAAUAUUAAGAAGAUAGGUGAUCGGCUCUACUUGUUUCGGUUCUUCCAUGCCGUCGAUGUGAACUGGGUUUUAGAGGCAAGAUUGUACUCUUUCAAUAACCACCUCUUACUGCUACACCACGUACAGCCGGAGGAAAAUCCAUCUACGGGAUACAUAAUUUAUCAGCUUGCCAUCCUAGGGUCCUGGAGGAAACUUUGGCAGAUACAGGUACCGCCAAAAGUUAAAAACUUCAUGUGCCCUUCGAGACUAGGUUGUGCGUGACUCUUUGGCAUGGCAGAAAUAUCCACUUGUGGUGAGAUCGACACCCAAAUCCCCAUUUGCUUGUUUGGUCUGCUGGGGACUUCGUAUCAUCAUGGCUAAACGCCCAACAAUUAGCGAGUAUUCUUCUUGACAUCUCCCCUCCCAUCUCUUCUAGUUCAUGGCAAGCACCUAGUGUUGGGCGAGUAAAAUGUAAUAUGGAUGCAGAAGUUUUUAGUCAUUUUGACACUAUUAGUUAUGGGGCCAUUUUACGUAAUGCAUCUAGCUCAUUUAUGGCUGCAUUUUCUUAUUAAUUGCGAGGUAGUCUCAAGUCCAAAAUAGUUGAAGCUCUUCCUUUACAUGAACCACCCAUGUAAUUUAAUGUCUAUAGUACUCGUUUAGUGGAUAUUGAACUUGAUUCAAAAGGUGUGAUAAAUGUUGUU